CAAAACAAUGGAUAACAGCGCACAACUAUAGCCUCUUUGCAGUUAUCACUGAAACUGUUAAGUUUAAGUAACAGUAAGUACUUAGCUUCUACUUUGUUCGAUAUAUUUUUCUAGUUCUUUGAACAAAUCAAAACAGUUUCUCCAAAUUUCGACGCUGACCCACGCACAGUACAGUACAAUGGAUCCCAGAUGCAAAAUGAGAAGAUCUUGGGGAAACCUUCUUUCUGAAUCUUCAAAUGAUUCAUUCAGUUCGGAGUCUUCAUCGGAUACAAGUGUUACUACUGCUACUGACACUGACCUUGGGGAACCAGAAUGCAAAAAACAGAAAAGAACUAGCCCUAGUUCUGAUAAAGAAACAAAAUUUGUCAAUGAAGUGCAUUAUGAAUACGUAUUGAAAGCUAACUACAAAUGGGUCAUUAAAGAUUUUAUCAAGAUAACUAGUGAUUUUAAAUAUGGACAAAAAGUAGAAUCAUCUGUAUUCCACAUUGGAGGUAGUAACGAGUACGAGUUUCAAUUACAACUUUUUCCCAAAGGCGUCACUGAAUCGCAAAAAAAUCAUUUAUCACUACUUCUACUCGUCAAAUCCUGUAUAGAACCUCAAUUAACAAUACAAUUUAAGUGUUCUCUACUUAACAAUAAAUUUUCGAAUAAAGAUUUUGAUGUGAAGGAAACCGUUGCUCGUGGUCAGAAAUGUGGCUUCAAACGCUUGAUAAGAACUGAUUCUAUACAAAAAAGUUCCGGUUAUUUAGAUCACGAUCGAAUUGUAUUUAAUUGUGCCAUUAAUGUUACGAUUAACAAAACAGAUGAUUGUAAAACGAAAGUUGUCGACGAUAUAGAGACAUUGUUACUUACUGGUGAUCACAGUGAUGUCAUACUAGAGGUUCAAGAAAGACAGUUCAAGGCUCACAAAUGCAUCUUGUCUGCUCGUAGUGAGGUUUUUGCAGCUAUGUUUAGACACAACACAAAUGAGAAAAAUGAAAACAUUGUCAAAAUAACGGAUAUCAGACCCGAAGUAAUGGAAGAAGUCCUGCGGUUCAUUUACUUUGGAGAAGUUCUUAAUCUUGAAAAUUCUACUAAGGAGGUGUUGGCUGCUGCUGAUAAGUACAAUUUCGAAGGCUUAAAAAAGCUUUGCGAAAGUGCUCUUGGCAAGACAUUGUCCAUUAAUAAUGUGGUUGAACUUCUUAACUUUGCCGAACGUUACAAUGCCAAUAAUUUGAAAGAACUAGCACUCAACUUUUUUGCUGGUCACGUGAAAGAUGUUGUUGAUACCCAGUUGUUCCAGACAAUGGCCAAUAAGGAAUCGCCUUUGUUAACACAAAUAAUCAAUAAAAUCGCAUCAAAAAACUGAUUUGACAUAAUGUUCCAAGUGAAGUGUAUGCUAGAAAAUGGAUUUAUGAUAUUACAUGAGAUAUUUGUAAACAAUUGUCUUCUUAGUGUAUUGCGCUUAUUAAAAUCGACAGUUUGUAAUGUGAUACAAUGAUGUUCAUUAGGAAUUGACAAUUGACAACCCAAGUAU